AUGCCAACGCUUCCAGUACAUAUCAAACAUGCAGGGCGCACCUACGAUCUUACACUUGAUACCGAUCAACCGCCAACGGCGUUCAAGCAGACCAUCUACGAGCUCACUGGCGUUCCGCAGGAACGCAUGAAGGUCAUGGUGAAGGGUGGUGUACUCAAGGAUGACGCGUCAUGGGCCAAGAUCGCCCCGAAGGCGAACCAGACGUUCAUGGUUAUUGGCGCCGCAGGUCCCUUGCCGCAAGCGCCCGAGAAACCUGUUGUGUUCUUAGAGGACAUGGACGAAAGCGAGAUCGCAAAAGUGCUUGCCCUCCCGCCUGGCCUCCGGAAUCUGGGCAACACUUGUUAUAUGAACGCCACGGUGCAAGCCAUGCGCGCCAUCCCGGAGCUCCAACAGUCGCUUCUGGCCACAACCGGCGGAACCGGGCCUCUAUCCGGCGCUCUUCGCGAACUGUACAGCCAAAUGUCGCGCUCGACGGAGGGCGUCAUUCCUCUGCGGUUUUUGCAGGUGUUGCGCCAAGUUGUGCCCCAGUUCGGAGAACUCGACAGAUCGAAGAGCGGAGCUAUGGCGACCGCUUACGCUCAACAGGACGCGGAGGAGUGCUGGACAGCGAUCGCGAACUCCCUCAAGGAGGUUCCCCUUGCCGGCACGCCGGGAAAGAAGUUCAUCGAACAGUACAUGAUGGGUGUCAUGCGCAGAGAGUUGAAGUGCGAUGAGGCCCCUGAAGAAGAGCCGACCGUGACCACGGAGCAGAUCCUCAAACUCGAAUGCAACAUCAGUAUCACCACUAAUUUCAUGCACAGUGGCAUCAUGGACGCUCUGGAUCAAAAGAUAGAAAAACGGUCUCCGUCUCUCGGUCGAGAAGCUGUGUACAAUCAGAAAUCGAGGUUACAACGCUUGCCAACGUACCUGGCGGUCCACAUGGUCCGGUUCGCAUGGAGGCGGGACAUCGGAAAGAAGGCGAAGAUCAUGCGUAAAGUCAAGUUCCCAGUCGAAUACGAUGCACUUGACCUUGUCACGGAAGAUCUGAAGAAGCAGUUGGAGCCCGUUGCUCGCCGUCUGAAGGAGCUUGAGCGAGACCGAGCGGAGAGGCGCAAGGUCAGGAAACGGACGAAGAUCGCCAAGGACUCUCCUCCUGCGGACAAGGGCAAGGGCAAGUCCAACGAAACUGACGUCGAGAUGGCUGAGGCCGCACCCGAGGCCGCACCCGAGGCCGAAGCCUCUGCCUCGGACGACAAGGGCAAGGCAGUCGAGGGCGGUGCUCUCGAGGACGAAAGCGUUUACCGUGCCAAGGAGCAGAAGGAGCUCGAGGAGCUCGUGAGCCCGCAGCUCAAGGAAGACGUCGGCUGCAGCGUCACCGGCCUCUACGACCUCAUCGCAAUCGUCACUCACAAGGGCGCUGCGGCCGAUGCCGGUCAUUACAUGGCAUACGUCAAGAAGAGCUGCUUCCAUCCCACUGCGAUUAGCGGUGAGGCAUCGUCAUCCUCGACAGCUACUGUCCUCGACGAUGAAGACGAGGACUGGUACAAGUUCGACGACGAUAAGGUGACUCCCUUCCCCAAGGAGAAAUUGGCGACACUCGAUGGUGGCGGGGAGGACUCUUCGGCGUACGUGCUGCUUUACCGCAGCAAGCCUCUUGUAUGAUGCGUGAAUGUGGGCUGUAUCGUCAGCAUGUUGUAUUUCUCAAGUUGGACGAUACAGGUGAGAAUGGAUGCUAUGGCCGCAGAGCCAGACUUGAGUAGCGGUAGCACACGAACAACGAACUCGCUCUCGAUCCCAGCUGGUAUAUAAUGCACGAGACAAGGAAUCUUGCUCUAGCCGUGAAUGAAUGACUGCGGCGAAGGUGAUGGCUGUGGCCUGAACACUUGGUGAGCUGUCGAACACGGCCUUCGCGAUAUCGUUGGAAA